AUGGCGGCAAUGUCGGCAACGAACGAUGAACUUGAGCUCUUUGACAACUUCAGAGCAGAUCUUGACGACCACAACGACAGAAGAGAGCGUCUCAUCAAGGCAAGUCGCGAUGUCACCAACCUAUCAAAGAAGACAAUCUUCCUACUUCACCGACUCAUGAUGGAAGAUUCAAAUAUAUCCACAGUAGACAAUGCACCCGGGAAGCGUGCUGCAUUGCGUGGCAGAGAAAAACUUGUCGAGGUUCAAACCAUUUAUGCUGGACUCAAGCAAGAGUUGGAGGGUGACAGGUUCUGGCGGUACCAGAGUCAGGUUUCGCCCGGCCUUCAGGAAUACAUCGAGGCACUGGGCUUCGCACACUACCUGGAGUAUGGAUCGCUUAUCACCUUUGAUCAAGUCCAGCGGACAUUAGCUGAUAGCCAAGGCAUUCCUUACUUUCCAUUGACAAUUUCAGACUACCUUUUGGGCUUAUCAGAUUUGACGGGCGAACUUAUGCGAUAUGCCAUCUCUGGCAUCUCUCGAAGAGGCGGUCGCAAGAAAGCCAGCGAAGUUUGCGCCUUUGUUCGGGGCUGCAAAUCAGAUUUUGAGCGUCUGACUCCCUACGUGUGGGAGCUCAAAAAAAAGCAGUACGUGACUGCACAGUCCUUGGAGAAGAUAGAAGACGCCGCAUAUGCAAUAUUUGUUCGAAGCUCCGAAUAUGACCUUUCUCCAGAGAUGCUCGAUGACAUCGUUGCGCAGGCCAUUUCAAGCUACAGCACCGAUGGUCUUUCUGCUAGAUCGAGAAGAGAUUUCAGCCACGACAACCUCGAGGACACGUAAAAUUUGCGACCAAAUAGGCCAGCAUUACCAAGACUGCCCACUCAUCAUUCCAUAUCUACCAGAUCAAGGCCAUUUCUGUAUCAUGUCUGUAUCACUAACAAGGAUAACAUUGUUAUGAA